CGCUAUAAAGUGCGGUAGCGGGGGCUCGGCGCAGCGGGUGGGCAGCCGGUGUGGGGGGUUUGUGCUGCCGUCAUGGGGAACACUGUGGCCAGGGAGGAUUUCGAGUGGGUCUACACGGACCAGCCGCACGCCGACCGCCGCAAGGAGAUCCUGGCUAAACAUCCAGAGAUCAAAGCAUUGAUGAAGCCAGACUACAACCUGAUCUGGGUGGUUGUGCUGAUGGUUCUGGCGCAGCUGACUGCGUUCUACCUGGUUAAAGACUUGGAUUGGAAAUGGGUGGUCUUCUGGGCGUACGUUUUUGGAAGCUGUAUUAGUCACUCCAUGACUCUGGCUAUCCACGAGAUCUCCCACAACAGUGCCUUUGGCAACUGCAAAGCCAUGUGGAAUCGAUGGUUUGGAAUAUUUGCCAACCUCCCUCUUGGCCUCCCCUACUCCAUCUCCUUCAAGAGGUACCACAUGGAUCACCAUCGUUACCUCGGCGGUGAUGGCAUCGAUGUGGACAUUCCUACCAACUUCGAGGGCUGGUUUUUCUGCACCCGUUUUAGGAAGUUCAUAUGGAUUGUUCUUCAGCCUUUUUUCUAUGCCAUUAGACCUCUCUGCAUCAAUCCUAAACCCAUUAGUCGACUUGAAAUAAUCAAUUUAUUGGCUCAGCUCGCCUUUGAUGUGGUAAUAUAUUAUUUAUGGGGAGUCAAAUCCAUUUUUUACAUGCUUGCUGGUUCAGUACUUGGUCUUGGGUUGCACCCAAUUUCGGGACACUUCAUAGCUGAACAUUACAUGUUUUUAAAAGGACAUGAGACCUAUUCCUACUAUGGGCCACUUAAUUUGCUCACUUUUAAUGUUGGCUAUCACAAUGAACAUCAUGACUUCCCCAAUAUUCCUGGCAAGAGCCUUCCACUGGUGAAGAAAAUAGCAGCUGAAUACUAUGACCACCUGCCCCAAUAUAACUCUUGGAUAAAAGUACUGUAUGACUUCGUGAUGGAUGACACAAUCAGCCCAUAUUCACGCAUGAAAAGGCAAUUAAAGGGUGAAGUGAAGCAAGAUUAAACUUCUGGCAACCAAAAAAACUUUGAAAUGUCUGCUUGCUUUAAAGUGGCUGGUAUAAAGGUUUCCUGCUAAAGCUGUUCACCUGUGUCCUGAAUUAAGAUGUACAGCAACAUAGCAAUGCAUCCUUAAGGAUUUUGUAGCAGACUCCAACCAGCUAUAACAUUCCUCACAGUCCUCAGAUUUGUUGGUUUAAUGUGUCCCUGUUUGCCUAAGGAUCAGUGUUAUAUGCAUUAAUGCAAAAUCUCUUUGUUACAGAAUUUACUUUGGUAGGUGUUAAAUCUAUAUAAAAUGUCUGUCUGACUCAUAACAGUUUAAAAGUUCUCAAUGUAUUGUACUGCCCUCAACAUGCUAUUUAGAUGACUAGUUUUAAAAUGCUGUGCCUACCUGUUAAUUCUAAACUAACAUGAUUUGUUAACUUAAACAUUCUGUUGAAAAUGUUUCCAAACUGAUGGUUGGAAGAACUAAAUUUGCACAGAAUUGUUCAGUCUGCCUUUGUUUUAAAUAUGUCAUUUAAAGCAAUGCUUUAAAGUUCCACCUUUUCUGCUGAGAGUACCUUAAAGGAGCAAUCUAUCAGAAUGAAACUGGUAUCUUUGAGAUGGCUUCUGUGACUUCUUUGUUAAAAAAAAAGGUGGGGAAUUCAAGAGUAUUGCUAAAUCCAAGGGUCCCACCCACUGCCCGAGCUGCUUCUGUUGGCAUGUAGAGUGAGCAGGUGGCAUUUAGGUAACUUAAUGUACCUGAUGUGGGGUUUCAUGUUGGAAAAAGUCUUGUUUAGAGAGCUUGGGGGUUUUCUGAUCUUUGAAGAAAAAUUAUUACCAUGUUACUAUGGCUUCAAAUAUAAAUAUUUACACUUACUUGGAAAUUUGGCUUUUAUGGAUGAAAACAGAUACUAUUUUGGCAAACAAGUCUAGCUACAGCCACUGACAAUACUGCCUAUUAGCACAUUUAGUCAUUUGUGUACACAGAAAGGUUGUUAAAUAAUCUUGUUUGGUUUUUUCCCCCUAAACCUACAGUACCCUCCAUAAAUACUUGUCUUUCUUAUAUAUUAAAAGGCGGUCAGAGGUGGUGUUAUCAAACUUCCUGCCAAGGAAAUCUUUCAUUGGGAACAGGUAGACAUGCUGGACAGUGAAGAACCUUUCCAUACCUCAGCACAGUAGAUUUGCCUUCUUGGCUUUAAGCGGUCAAACCUGGCUACAAAUCACCCUUAAAUCUCAAAUGGUGGCUCUGUGUAUGUUCUUCAUGGAUCUGAAAGAUGGAAUCUGAGGAAGGUGGAAGUAGUAGCUGCUCUAACUCAAUUUUAGAUGCCUUCAGCUCCUGGGUUUUGGGGUGGUUUUUUGGGUGAUUGUUUGUUUUGAGAAGGUGAGUGCCUGAAAAGAUUGUACCGGUACCUCUUAACUCGGUCUCGACUGUGGUGCUGUUUUAAUGUGUGUUUUGUUUAAGUGUGGGCCCUUAUCUAUCUGUGGCUAAACAAUAGAAGUGGUAUGAAAGUCUGCCAGCCACCUACAGAGUGACUUCAUUAUGCCCACAACCUGUGAGGUAGCCAGUGUGUUGCUCAGGGUGGAGUGUAAUGUCAAAAUAGAAUUUGUCCAGUAUUUUUACAUGUAAUUAAAAAGAAAAGGUUAAAGUAAUACUGGGUGAAUUUUUAAUUGGUCUUCUUAUGCUGAAGGAUUUUAAGCUUUAGAGAAAUUUGGUAUUUCUAAAGCAGAUUUGAGACCUUUCUAUGGAAUGGUGAUAUAGAUGAGCUGUAAAGAAUAAUUGCCUUUCCUCCCUAUGCAGAGGAAAACUGACUUGGGUUGAAAUACUUGUAAAGGCUUAAGAAGUUGCAAACCAGUUUCUUUUCAAGCCAUUUAAUGUCACUGUUUGUUUUUUUUUAAAUUAUCUUUGGUGUUGAUGAUUUAUUCAUAGCUGGAUGAAGGAUGGAAAGUGUCUACAAAGUUUUACAGUUUUAUGGCUAAGAGCUAAAGUUAAGAAAUUCAGUUAUCCUACAUGAAUAUUUAAGAUAAGCAGAGUUCAGAGCAAAGAUUUUAUAGUUAGUUGUCUUAGUUAUCUAUUUAAUGGAAUUCCUGCCUUUUAAAAGGGCUGAAGUUGCCAUCUUUCUUGCUUAAAAUUGCAGUUUUUGUUUUAA